GUGAUGGUGAGGUCUCUUUCAAGGAAGAUAAGAUAUUGUUCAAGAGUGUCAACUCUAGACCAAUGACUUAGUUUUGAAGUCUAUUUCUACUUUUCUAGUGCUGCCAGCUUGGUUGGAGUUUAUAGAAAUGGCAGCAAGAAUUAUCGCACAAUUGAUUGUAAUGGGCUCUGGGAUGAUGGUGAGAGCAGUUGCUCAAGCAUAUCGCCAGGCACUGGCAAAUGCUUCAAAAACUGGUGCCGCUCAAGAAGUAGCUCAGAAUAUCAAAAGAGCGGGCAAAACUAUGACAGAAACUGAGGCAAGGCAAAUUCUUGGUGUUGCGGAGAAAUCCACAUGGGAAGAGGUCUUGCAGAAGUACGACAACCUGUUUGAGCAAAAUGCAAAGAACGGGAGCUUCUAUCUUCAAUCGAAAGUCCAUCGAGCGAAAGAAUGUCUAGAAUCAGUUUACCAAAGUAAAACAGAGGGUGCAAAUUAGAGAGUUUCUCAUAGGUCGAUCUUAUAUGGUGUUCUCAGAUAUGGCUUUUUGUUCCCCCUAUAUCAUCAUUCAGAUUAUUUCUGGGUAUGUCUUUAGCAAUGGAAAUGCCCAUUGUAGAAAUGAUAACCAAAACAGUUUAUUGUGGACUGAGGUGUCAGCUUGUUAAAAUCACAUACACUACUGUAGUUGUAGAAAUACACAAAUAUAACACGAGAUUCAGGCCCUGUUUGGGACAGUAUUUUUGAAGAUAAAAAAGUUUAUCAAAUAUAAGAUAAUAUUAAGCUGA